UUCAGAUCGUGUUUUUGAAAUUUAGAUAUUUUGAUGGUAUAAAAGAGCAGGAUAAUGUAGAAAACAGUAUCACAAGCUAUCUUUUAUUCUUUGAAGACACCAAUAAAUAUUCUAACAAAUAUGAAAACUUUCUUGUGCUUGGUCGUAUUGGCAUUUGUUGCAGUCAACGCAGAGACUCCGCAGGCAGAGGCAUCUCAGGCCAAACCAAUAAUUCUUAUAAAAUCUGCACCACAACUCUUGAAGAUAAAACCGACAUUGCCUCCAUACAAACCACUGCCCCUUCAGGUAGCGAAGCCCAAAGCAGUACUUAUAUCAGUUCAGCCACAACAAUUAAAACCAAAGCCAACUUUUGCACCAUACAAGUCCUUAGCAAUUAAGGUUGUUCCAGUUCCAACUCCCGCACGCAGGCCUGUCAAACCUGUUCAGCCCAUCACAGCUCAAAAAGGUUGGGCAUGGGGUUAAAUCAAAGCAUACCUAUUAUUUGUCUUAAAUUUUUGCUUUCAGCAGUUCAAUAAAUUUGUAAUGAUCUAUAAAAUAUAAACAUCUUUUGUUAUGAAAUUAAAAUAUACAACUUUUUAAAUUAAAACAA